AUGUCCGUGAUGGGCAGGGACGUCUGGGUGUACGCGCCUAAGGCGUCGCAGUUCGCCAACCAAUCGCUGCCCGCGGUGGUGGUACUGCACGGCACCGCAGACUACGCUCUCUCAAUCGCGAACACCUCGCGCUUCGAGCAGCUCGCAGAGUCCUCCUCGAAGCCCUUCCUCGCGGUGUUCCCCGAGAUGUCCACGCCUGGGGGCGAGAUCUGGGGGUACAUGGACGACCUGCCGUUUUUCCGCGCUCUGGCUGACAGCCUGGACGCGCGGUUCGCGCUCGACCGGGACGAGGUCUACGUGUGCGGCCACUCGGCGGGCGGAAGCAUGUCGAUCUUCUUGCAGAACAAUCUGCCGAGUGUCUUCAGCGGUGCCGCGGCUGUCGAGGCGGGCAUCGGCGGUCUGCCGUGGUGGAACGAAGAGAGCGUCGGCAGGCCCACGAUGCUGGUGUGGAACCACAACGACCCCGUGCUCCGCGAGUUUGGCGGAGAGGCUCUGCUGAACAACACGCUGAGCAAGCUCCGGCGCCAUGCCGCCUCGACCGACCAGCGGCCGUCUUUCUCUAUGCCAGUGGCCACGUUCAACGCCUCAGUCGUCAGGCGGGCCGAGCGGCUGCUGUACGGGGCGUCGGGCUCGUCUCCGCCGCUCGCCGUGGUCUCCUGGGAGACGGCGCUGCCCACCCACCACUGGUCGAACCCAGUCAACGUGCCAGGGUCAUUCGACGCGUCUGCCCUCAUCUGGGAUUUCUUCCAGAGCACCCGGGUCUUUGAGAGACGGUCGCGAUAG